GAAAAAAUGUCUGAAGACCCCUCAACCCAAACAACAACUAUUCAAGAAGGACAAUUCUCAACUAAUGACCACCAACAAGAAAAAAUUAGAGAUAUUAUAGUCCUUCCACCCCCAGAAAUAAUUAAUUCAGUAAAUGGGGGUAAUGACGAUAUUGAUAAAAUAUUGGGACAAAUGGCUGAAUUUAUGAGUGAAAAAAUUAUUGAAUGUAGACAGGUGGGAAUUUAA